AUGAUUAAAACUUCACCAUUCUCGCUUUCAACAUCAUUCUUUCUCAUAGUUGCUCUUUUCAUUGCAACAACCGCGCUUGAUAUUCCACCGGAAGACCCGAUUUUCGAACUGUACAUGCACGACAUACUCGGCGGAAGCAGUCCCACGGCAAGACCCAUCACCGGUUUGCUUGGAAACAUCUACAAUGGCCAAGUACCGUUUGCCAAGCAGAUCGGUUUCGUCCCACCUCAGAACGGUGUAGCCAUACCAAACGCAAACGGUGCAAUGCCAACUGUUAACGGUAUCAACGGUAUUCCUCUAGGUACCGGUUUGUCCGGUACAGCGUUCUCUGGUCAGAACCUAAACGGGAUUCAGACACAGCUAGGUCCUGACGGUCUGAGCCUUGGGUUUGGAACCAUCACAGUGAUCGAUGACAUAAUCACAUCUGGUCCUGACUUGGGCUCACAGCCACUUGGCAAGGCUCAGGGUGUUUAUGUUGCAAGCUCAGCUGAUGGAAGCACACAGAUGAUGGCUUUCACAGCCAUGCUUGAAGGUGGAGAGUACAAUGACAAUCUCAACUUCUAUGGGAUUUAUAGGAUCGGAAGCGCCAUGUCGCAUCUCUCUGUCACCGGAGGAACCGGACGGUUCAAGAACGCUUGCGGGUUCGCCGAGGUUAGGCCGUUGAUCCCCGCCGGGCAACACUUUGUUGAUGGAGCAGAGAUGCUGCUGAGGAUCAUUGUACAUCUCAAGUACUAA